UGACGCUUACCUUCUGUUUUUCUGUUAGCUUGCUUUUUCCCUCACUCUACAAGCACAUUUCUAAUACCGAAAUACCCUCCCGCCUAACCUCUCCUUUAAGGCUAUUGACUAGCUUACCGACUUGCCGCUCUUAUUUCCUCAACCAACCAACCAUUCUACUAUCUACCACGCCUACCCACGCCUAUCCCAUUAAUCAAUCAACCCCCGGCGCUCAAUGAUGAAAUUCAGCUCUGCUUUUGCCGCCGCCGUCGGCAUCCUCUUUGCCAGCAGCACAGCUGUCAGUGCCCAGAGCACGUGUAACGAAUGGUCGCCGUGCUUCCGCGAGGGAUACUGCGACGCCGACGCCAUGUUCUGCCUCUGGGGCCUCUGCGACGAGACCAAGUCUUUCAACUCAACUUCAUGCUGGAAGCCCGAGGGAUGCUCAAGCCAGACCGUUGUUUUCGACAACUCCGCCGAUGUCGUCCCCAUUCGCUCCUAUGGCGGUAACCCGAACACCAGCCCGUUCCUUUCGAUCUUCGAGCCCAGCCAUGCAUCGGUUGCUAAUGGCGCGCUUGAGCUGCAGAUGACCUACGAUGCGGCGCAGAAGAAGGGGUUCGGGGCGACGGUUGAUGCCGCGCACACUAUUCAGUAUGGCAAGGUGACUGCGCGCGUGAAGACUGCCUCGGUGGCUCCCGGGGUUGUGUCGAGCUUUAUUAUUAGGAACGAUGUGACUGGCGAUGAGAUUGACUUUGAGUGGGUCGGGAAGGCGCCCAGGGAGGUGCAGACCAACUUUUACUUUAACGAUAUCCUGGAUUACACCCAGAUGGUGCCCUAUGUGCUGCAGUCAGAUACGUCGGCUGAUUACCAUGACUACACUAUUGACUGGACUGCUGAGGCCAUCACGUGGCUGGUCGACGGCGUGGUUAUCCGCACGGUAAAGAAGGCAGACACCUUUGAUGCGGCGUCCAACUCGUAUAAGUUCCCUACGUCCGAGGCUCGCGUGGCCUUUUCGAUCUGGGAUGCUGGAAACUCGGGUGCCCAGGGCACGCAAGAAUGGGCCGGAUACCCGACUCCCUGGAAUAACGGUGCUGCUUCGUACAAGAUGUUUGUCGACUCGGUCUCGGUCCAAUGCGAUGGCUCGGCGAUGCCGUCAGAGUCAUCGGCUACUGUUGCUGAGCCCUCGGCUACCGACGCUGUCACUCCACCAGUUGUCACCGAUCAGGCCUCCUACACCCAGUCGCCGAUGACUGACUCGACCGGUAAGAAGUGCCGUCCUCAUUACUAAAUAUAUUUCUCAAUUCAUUUUUUAUUCUAUAAUUACAA